AUGACCCACUUUAAUCCAAUAGAAAUAAUAGGCAAUAGUGCUUAUUCUUUGUGUAUGAUAUAUCAAAUUUUUAUCUACACUUGGCAAGGGAAUGAACUAUAUCUUCAAAACGAAACACUGGCAGGUGCAAUUUAUAUGGGAAGUUGGUGGAAACUUCAUUCUCGUUUUAGACGUACUUUGCAUAUUGUUAUGCUGAGAACGCAAAAGCCACUUAUUUUAUCCAAGUUUCUUAUUAGUUUGACAGUUCCAACAUUUAUGUCAAUCAUUCAAAUGUCGUAUUCAAUGUUCACACUUCUUCGGAAAAAGAAUUCAUAG